AUGGCUAUCAACGACAGUUCAUGCCUUUGUUUAGAACUGAAGGACGACUCAUCGGACAGUACACUGUACAAAAUACUUAGUUGCUUAGGAUGGGCCGUGAAAAUACCGAUUGAAUUCUCAAAUAUCGACUUUGACUACUUCGAUGUGUCGCGAUAUGCCGAUGCGCCAGUGCAAUACACCAAAUACAGUAAUGGUUACGCCGGUCAGCCGCCUCCUGAACGAGUUAAUCCUGAAUGUGAGCGCAAGAUCAAGCAAUGCGGUGCGCUUGAGUUGGAGAAUCUCAUUGUGAAUUUACUCUCGCGUGGCGCAGUCAGAGACCAGAUCCUGCUAACUCUGGAAGUGCUGAGGCAGCUGAUCGGUGUGGUUGACGCGGCGAAGCAGGUACCCUCUCUGUUCGCCGCUUUUCGAAAAAUACGGGACCGCGUAUUUCGGCAGAAGCCCAUCCUGGAACAAAUCAGCCGGACACAACAGCAAGAAAAUCAUCUGCCGCUGCCGCAAAAGGUGUGCUUUUCCAUCAGUGCAAAAACGACUUUGAUGAUUUCACGUCCCCAGCGUGUGCUAGCCAACGUCAGAUACGUGGAAUCUCGCAGUGGGUGGUACAUAGUGCCCUGCAAAACUCACCAUGCUUCACCACACUUGUUCUCAUCCGUCACCAUAUUGUGCGCAAGCGAAAAAGCAGUGGUCAUUUCUUCGCAUAUUUCCAUCCGACACUGA